AUGGCGGCAGCGGUGGCGGCGGCAUCUGCGGUCUCGCUUUCUUCUCCCUCCAGAGCCUGCCGACAUCCUCUGGUUUUCGUCUCUUCGGCUGCUUCUUCCUUCUCCCUCUUCUCCCCGCCGAAGAGCUCGUCACGGCUUCGGUCUCCGGCAGUCGGAAUCUCACUGGGAAGAGUGCGCCACGGGCCGGUGGCUGCUGCCUCCGGCGAGACCGUGCCGUCGGAAGCCUUGGUGGAGGGAUCUCAGAGGGCUGUCGUCGCCGCAACCGACGAUGCCACUACCACCGUCAUCUCUGUUCUUCUGUUCAUCGCCUUCGUCGGACUCUCCAUUCUCACCGUGGGGGUAUUUCGCUGCUAUAAUCCCGUCAUUUUCUCUCUAUGCGUUUUCGUUUUCCUGAGCAGGUCCUGUCGCGGAUUGAGGAUUUGUUUUCUCUUCAUUAAUUUGAGCCACUAAUUUCGGCGGGAUACGCUUCUUCCCUUGCCCCGCCCGCAUAAACUCGAGGAUUGGGAACCCUAGUCCCCAUAUUUUUUACAAAGCGGCGAAGUUACUUGAAGGUUCCUCUGUGUGUGUGUGUGUGUGUGUGUGUGAUUUACAAUUCCUUUUGGUUCCAUUGUUCUGAGAUCUGCUGUUAAGGAGGAUAAACCCUGCGGAGAUCAUCCAUCUUGCUCUCGGGCAUUGAUUCUAACUUCGUUUCCUGGAACAGGUCGUGUACAUUGCCGUGGCCGACUUCCUGCAGAAGAGAGAGAGGGAGAAGUUCGAAAAAGAGGAGACUGAAAAGAAGAAGAAGAGUGGAAAGAGGGUCAAGACGAAGGCCAGGACCGGCCCAAGAGGCUUUGGGCAGAAGGUCGAAGGAGAAGAUGAUGACUGA